AUGGCUGUAGCUCCUCCAAGUUACUGUUUUGUGGCCUUCCCACCACGUGCUAAGGAUGGUCUGGUGGUAUUUGGGAAAAAUUCAGCCCGGCCCAGAGAUGAAGUGCAGGAGGUUGUGUAUUUCCCGGCUGCUGACCAUGAACCUGAGAGCAAGGUUGAGUGCACUUAUAUUUCUAUUGACCAAGUUCUGAGGACCCAUGCCAUUGUGAUAAGCAGACCUGCCUGGCUUUGGGGGGCAGAAAUGGGAGCCAAUGAACAUGGAGUGUGCAUAGCCAAUGAAGCCAUCAACGCCAGAGAACCCGCUGCUGAGUCUGAAAUAUUUCAUAAGGAACCCUGGGGGCACAAACAGAUAAGCACUUGGCUAUUAAACGAAAGGCUGGGUUUAGAAAGAGGGGCAGCAGCUAAAGAAGCCUUAGAUGUUAUUGUCUCCUUGUUGGAAGAACAUGGACAAGGUGGAAAUUAUUAUGAAGAUGCAAACUCCUGCCAUAGUUUCCAAAGUGCAUACCUGCUUGUGGAUCGUGAAGAAGCCUGGGUGCUUGAGACGAUAGGGAAGUACUGGGCAGCUGAGAAAAUCACAGAGGGAGUGAAGUGCAUUUGUAAUCAGCUUUCACUCACCACAAGGAUUGAUGCAGAGCAUCCUGAACUCAGGAAUUACGCUCAGAGUCAAGGCUGGUGGACGGGCGAGGACGAGUUCAAUUUUUCUGAAGUAUUUUCUCUGGCUGAUGAACAUCUAGACUGCUGUGCAGGCAAAAACAGCUUAGAAAAACAAGAAGCCAUUUCAGAGAACUUGUCUGAACUUCAGAGGUUAGCUGGUACCUUAGUCAUCCACAUGGUGACAUUAAUUGGCUUUAGUUUACUGGUUUUGACAUUUGAAAGCCAUUUCCUAGUUGGAAGCCGAUACUUGUUAAACCUUCAUAGAUGUGAAGAGGAACUGGAGCUGGAAAGAGAAGAGCGGUCCAUAUUCAAGCCUUUCAUCUUUGUUGAUGAUGUAAAACUCGUUCCCAAGGCACAGUCUCCCAGUUUUGGGGAUGAAGAUCCUGCUAAAAAGGAGCCCCGGUUCCAGGAGAAACCAGAUCGCCGGCAUGAGCUGUACAAGGCCCAUGAGUGGGCCCGUGCUGUCAUCGCAAGUGACCAGGAGCAAGGUCACAAGCUGCAGAAGACCAUGCUGGAACUGGAGAAGCAAGGCCUGGAAGCCAUGGAAGAAAUCCUGAGCAGCUCUGCCCCUCUGGACCCCACUGAAGUAGGGGACAUUUUCUAUGACUGUGUUGACACAGAGAUUAAGUUCUUUAAGUGA